AUGCGACUGGAUCGUCUGCUUAACUCUCUCUCAUCAGCCCCGCUCUCCGCUCAACUUCGGGGAUCGAAGAAGGCCAUCCAACUCCGAUGUCUAGCCUUUCUGCUUGCAGCAUUCGUGAGCAUUCUCUAUAAGUUCUCCUUCGUUACCGUCGAUGCAAAAGGUAUGCUCGCGAUUCCAAAAGGGCAGACCUACUACAAUGAUAACUCUGACGGCUAUCCUGAGGCCGACACCAGCUACACUGAAAUCGGCGAGUCGGACAUGCUCCGAGAGAACAACUAUGCUUUGGGGGAAGGGAUCCCGUCUACCAUACUCUCCACAAACCUCAUUGACUUCAUUACUGUCAACAAUGGGUCCGUGAUAGUCGUGAGCGACCCAGGCAUGGCCUUUGAGCGUAGGCUUACUACCGAUCUAAUCGUAGGGCCAAAGGUGAAUGCGACGCGACUGGCAAGAAUUAUCAAUGGGACUGUGCAAUCAUGUAGCCCCUUACUAUACCUUCGGAGCUCGUUCUAUGUCCUGCGCUCAAUUGGCGACUUUGAUGCUAUAAAGUGGCCUCUUGUUAAGUCAACGCCAUACAACAACGGGGUACGAAUCGAUUAUACUCCUUGGAACUCAACCACCUUUAAUGGGGGCAUCAUGGACAUCACCUCCUUGACCAAUGGAUCAAUGCAGGCUUGGGUCGCCCAGCAUCCACUUGCCUCCCAGCGACAAGCGGGCAAUGAGGGCAUCUACGACUACAGAGUUACCAUUGAUAUGCGAUAUUGCUACGGUUAUAUCAGCUGGUCAAACUCGGUUACUUAUGGCCAUUUUGAAAUAGAGGAGCCAACUGACAUUAAAUGCCAGGUUUCACCUUUCAAUGUGGCUACCUGGAACAAUACACGGUGGGCAUUCAACGCAAAAACGUUCAUGGAGGCAGCCCUUGCUGGAAAGACUAUUGACGACAGUUUCUGGACGACUGCGCUGCCCAUAAUUCCAAUUAGAGUUUGGCCCGCCGACAGAGAGGAAUCCACGGUGUAG